AAUUAUAAAAUUGCCCCAAGCAAUAAAUAAAACCAUCAAACAAACCUUCGUCAAAAACAGAAGUAUGCAAAUGCAAAGCUUACGUAUAUUCCGCAGAACCACUCACUUCCUUCAUACUUCCGCCAUGGCUGCACCUUCUCCUUCUCUCUCCUCUCAAAUUAUCUCCCAUUCUCGCCCUUUUCUCUCCUCCUCACAUUCCACAUUCAACCCUAACCCUAACCCUAACCCUAACAUGCGCAAAUUCCUCAAAUUUCUCACUCUUAAUCGCACUUCCAAAAUCUCUCCAAUUCAUUCCAACUCCAAACAAUCUCCCAUUGAAACUCACGACGAACCACCACCACCAACACAACAGCAACAAGAAGAAGAAGUUGAAGGAGGAGAAAACUCUAUUCUCUCUCUCUCCUCGAAACGAUCCUUCGCGGUUGCUACCGGCGAAGUUUUUCUCGGAAUCACUUCUCGACUCAUAAAUUUCCGACGGAAAAAGAAGGUUCCGACGGUUUUAAUGGAUGAAGAUUCGACGGAACUCAGGGAGAAAUUCAACAAUGGAGAGAGAAUUGCGACGGUGAUCGAGGAUUCAUCGGAGCAAGAGGUUAUUUGGGAACAGAGAGUGAAAGAUGUUGAAGCUGAGAAACGAAGGAAGUCGGUAACUAGUCCAGGAUUUAGUUUCUCAGCUGCUGGUCUUUUAUUUCCUUAUCAUCUUGGAGUUGCUCAAUUUCUUAUCGAAAAUGGAUUUAUUAAGGAAACGACACCUUUAGCUGGUUCCUCAGCUGGUGCCAUUGUUUGUGCAGUGAUUGCCUCUGGAAGCAGCAUGCAGGAUGCUCUCCAAGCUACCAAAAUUUUGGCGGAAGAUUGUCGGACAAAGGGAACAGCAUUUCGACUUGGGGCUGUUCUUAGAGACAUUUUACUAAAGGUCCUUCCAGACGAUGCUCAUACCAGGUGCAAUGGACGAGUGCGAGUGGCUGUAACACAAAUAGUAUGGAGACCAAGGGGGCUGCUGGUAGAUCAGUUUGACUCCAAAGAAGAUCUCAUCAAUGCAUUGUUCACCUCUUCUUUUAUUCCAGGCUAUCUUGCUCCAAGACCUGCAACAAUGUUUAGAAACCGGCUUUGCAUAGACGGAGGUUUGACACUAUUUAUGCCACCGACAUCUGCUGCUGAGACAGUUCGUGUUUGUGCGUUCCCUGCUAGUACUUUGCGAUUCAAAGGCAUCGGGAUUAGUCCAGACUGUAACCCGGAGAAUAGGCUUAGUAUUCGACAGCUUUUUAAUUGGGCGCUUGAGCCAGCAGAUGAUCAUGUUCUUGACAAGCUCUUUGAGUUCGGAUACUUGGAUGCCGCUGUUUGGGCAGAGGGAAACCCGGUGAAUUUGAUACUCCAUGAGGAGUAACCCUAGGAGUAGAUGCGAGUUUGGACAUCCCAUAUUUUUCCGAAUGCUGACACUUAAUAGUAUAGAGUUUAUUAAUUAUAGGAGUAUGAUCCUCUAUUUCUUAUGUAUACUACUAGUUAAAGAGAGACAUCACAAAGGUUGUACACAUCAAUAUAUCAGACUUCUAACAUGUAUAUAGUUAUAGAAGAUUACGGUCAAGUUCAUUUGUGGUUUUGGUUUGCUCGCUACUUCUGAAGUAGCAUGAUUGCAAUUUGACCUGUAAUUGUUGUACAUUUACUAUGCUAAGAUAAAUUGUAAUUUUAAUUUCUACCUAUUUAGUUUUCACAUGGUUCGAUUCA